UAUAAUCGUAUCGCAGCUUGUUCACUUGCAGUCCUGGAAAAGAGAGAAUUUUAGGCUGCUAGAUCGACAAAAUAGCCGAGUAUCUAUGGCGGAGCUCAAUGCCGACAAAGUUGCUCCAGAAGAGACCAUGCCCAAAGGUGAGAUCCACCUUGCAUAUAAAGAACCGAAACGUACGGUGUUGGUAUUUUGGUUUUCCAGGCUUGAGUGCUUUCGAUGGCGAAUGGAGCACGGCCUUGGCGCGGGCCUUGAGGAGCAAGAGCCGCAAGCACUGGCUGCUCCUGUGCCUGAGCUCCACCGGAAUGUUCGUCGGUUUCAUCGCCGCCACGCUGCUCAUGCGCUUCUACUAUUCCAACGGUGGCUCCCGGCGCUGGCUCUGCGGCUGGGUCCAAACCGCUGGCUGGCCGGUCUGUGCGCUCGCAAUGCUGAUCGUCUACUUCAAAGCCAGCAGCAGCAGCAGCGAUUCCCCCGGCCACCACCACCUUCUCGCACCCUUCAGCUUCAAACUCGUCGCUGCUUUCGCUUCCAUCGGCUGCCUCAUCGCUCUCGACAACUUCCUCUACUCGUGGGGGAUGUCGUAUCUCCCGGCCUCCACUGCAGGACUCUUGACAUCCAGCCAGCUCGCCUUCAACUCCCUCUUCGCCUUGUUCCUCCUCCGGAAGAGCAUCGGCCCAUACGUCUGGAACUCCAUCGUGCUCGUCAGCUCCAGUGCCGUGCUCUUGGGCCUCCACUCCAGCUCCGACGAGCUUCCGGGAGUUAGCCGGGAGCAGACGGGGCACGGCUAUGUCAUGACGAUCACUGCUGCUGGACUCUACGGCCUCAUCCUGUCCCUCACCGAGCUCGUCUUUGCCAAAGUCCUGGGCCGAAAGUCCACCUUGCUAGUCUUGCAAAUGCAAACCUCCACCGCGCUGGUUGCUACCAUCGUCUCCACUGUCGGCAUGGCCAUCAACAACGACUUUGAGGCCAUUCACGUCGAGGCCGCGGUGUUCAAGGCCGGAAGUCUCGCCUACUUCGUGACUUUGUUGUGCUCCACUCUGGCCUGGCAAGCUGCGUUCCUGGGAACAAUGGGUGUUAUUUUUCUCUCAUCGUCGCUGCUGGCUGGAGUGAUUCUUACCGUGGUGAUCCCAGUGGGAGCAGUGUUUGCAUAUAUCUUCUUCCAUGACGCUUUUGGUGGGCUUAAAGUCAUGGCUCUGCUCCUCUCCUGCUGGGGAUUCGUAUCGUAUGUGUAUGGCGGCUACGUUGAAUCGAGCGCGGCACCGCCGGCAAUUCCUGACAACAAGGAGGAGCACGAAGAAUAUGUCAGCUCGGUUUGAAUCAAAUCAAACGGAGAACAAAGAGAAAGCAAAGAAUAAGGAGAAAAAAGGAAGGCACUUGCGAUUAGAAAGAAAGCAUGGUGGGAUGAUUCCAUCAUCCACUUUGCAAAAGCUUGCGUACUCUAGUAUGUUUUCUCCCUCCUGAGGCGCUCUCUUUUAUACUUUCUUUGAGGAUUUUAGAAAUCUCUAAGAUCUGUGUGAGUUGUCAGAAACUACGUUCGACUUUAAAGGAGUACUAAGAAAUUCUAUCUA